GUUCAAUGCAGUGGAGAAUGGUGAUGCAGAGUCUGGGUCUUCGCCUACCACGCUAGCCGAAACCCUCUUUCCGGCGACACAGCCGGAUGGGCCGAAGAAGACCCCUCCACGCACUGGCUCCGGUGGGGAGUCCGAUGAUGAUGAUCUCCUGCAGCAGGAGAAAGACAACCUUCUACACCAGCUCAGGAAGAUCGAGGAUCAGCUCCAGAGGAAGCGAGUGAAGGAUGAACUCCGGAGCAACCCCUUCGCCGUCAACUGCCCGACCGAAGCCAUCGACUCGCCGAGACAGACCCGUGGCAGCCCCGUUGCGAGUUGGUGGAAAGGCCGUGCCAUCUCGAUCUCUUUCGUGCACUUCGACUGGAACGACGAGGAGCCGGAGGACUACGAGGAGGACGGUGACGAGGAUGGCGAGGCGAACAGUGGCAAGUACGGUAUGGUCUACGACCCCAGGACCGGCAAGGUUCUUUCCGAAGCAGCCAUCGACCAACGUGUUCGCAGAGCCUGUCAAAAUGGCAAAAAAAAGAAGGCGACCGGGGGCCCAAAGGCAGUGGAGAUGUACAAGGACCUCGGCAGUCGGGAGGAGUUGACGAAGAUGCUCAUCUCGGCUGCUUUCAAGCGGAAUAUCACCAAGUUCUCGGAGAAGACACACAAGAAGAAGACUGACACAGUUGCUGGUUGGUACACCGAGUCAGCGAUGUCUGUGCAGCUGGAAGAGAUCAAGGAGAUCGUCGAUUACACCUCAACCCGACCCGCUUUGAGGAGGAAGUACAAGUACAAUGCCAAGAAGCUUCAGCAUUGGGUUGACAAAGAGACCAUUGGUGUGGACUCAAGCGAGACGAUCAAGGGCACACGAAAGGAAGUGAGCACGAAUGACAAAGAGCUUCCCAGCGAAGCUGAUGGUGAGGUUUCGGACUUCGAAAAGGACGAGAAAUCCGACGACGAGCACCGGCCGAGCCAGAAGAAAAGCACGCAGGAGGAUGACCUCUGCGAACGGGCCGAGAAAACGAUGAGUGACCUGUUGCCCCCCAUCGCCAAGAUGCACGAGCUUUCCGAGAAGUUCACGAAGCCCUACAACACGGAUCCGAAGCCCACCCAUGCAAGGCAUGCAAGCGAGCUUGACCGACUGGCUGGCAACAUGGAGGCCGUCUACGAUGCAUUGGCCGAGGUUCUGGCGAACCUGAGUGCCCAUGGCGAAUCUGCAACAGGGGAGAGCAUCUGGGCCGAUGCGAAAUCACGCUUGGAAGAGCCGGACCCGCCUUCUGCGAAAUCGAUUUAUGCUAGGCUUGCCAAAGGAAGCAAGCAUCGAGCUGAGAAGAAUGCCUUUCGGGAGCCUCUUGGUACAACUAGUUCGAUUCUACUGGUUUGGUUGUUCUCGGUUGAAAAUAAAAUAAAGUAUGACUUUGCAUCUCCGAGCAUCAUAAAUGACAGGUUGCAGCAAAGCGGACAUACUUUGCAAGUAGACAUCGACUACAUUCCGGUUGAAACAAGCACUGGCAUCAGACAGAUUCCGUGGUUGGAUCCAUACAAAAUGGUAUCUUGUUUGGCCCGGGAUGCUAAACUGGAGUUUCUACAUGGAAAGAAUAAUUUGUUGGAGUGGUGGCGACGGUUCGCCAAAGUGGAGCCUGGGCAUCGAGCUUUCAAGGCUGCCGCCCGUGGAGACAUCUCUUUGGAGAGAACGAUUCCGUUCUUUUCUCAUGGAGAUGAAGGCAGGGGCAAGAAAAAAAAGGGCAUCUUGAUAUGGUCACUUCGUGGAUGUGUGGGCUUCGGGACACGACAGUUUCAGGAAAUGCACUCCGAGGCCGAGCAGAAAAACCGAAUGGGCCUUAAUAUGUCUGCUAGCAUGACCUCCAGGUUUCUUCAUGUUGCAGUUCCAAAGGCAGUGUACGGAAAAAAUGCAGAAACUGUUUGGGAUGCAAUUGGCCGCAACAUUGCUGCAUCGUACGAGCGACUUGAAACAAAGGGUUUUUUGGAUGCUGAUGGGAAGCAUUAUCAUGCUGUUUGUGUUGGCCUUACUGGAGACAACCCGUUUUUGGCCAAGGUCGCCCACUUAGAGCGAUCGUUCGCCAGGGUAGCCAAAUCGACUGGGGAGGAUGUUUCCCAUGGCAUCUGUUGGAGAUGCCUAGCAGGAACCCCAAACGUGCCUUUUGAAAAUCUGAACCUACAUCCGGAGUGGAGCUACACGAUCGACGAGACUCUGCCUUGGUCGCAGCUGCCACCUUUUUUGCGAGGGCUAGGCUUUGACGAAGACGACUUGAAAGCGCCACGAUUUCUUGAGUUCGAUAUCUGGCACAAUUUUCACGGAGGAACAGGGAAACAUAUUGCAGCCUCGACAGUGGCCGAAAUACUACCCAAUCUGGAAGUGGGAUCUAUUGAUUUCAAAUUUAGCAUUCUUCAGCAAGCCUAUGAAACCUGGCGAAAGAAGUCAAAACUGACAUUGCAUAUUGGCCACUUUGACCGGGAACUGUUCGGGAUGGAGCAGGGCUACCAAGUUCUUCCAGUUGGAUGCUGGAGCAAGUUCUCGGACACUCGUGUCCUGCUUUGUUUUCUGGAAGACUUCUUGCGAGAUCGGGCCCUCUACGUUCCAACAGAGAUUACUGAGGAGGCUCUUAUUUGUAUCGCUGCUGGCAAUCGAGCUUUUAGGCUGUCUUACCAAGGCGGCUAUUGGCUUUCUUCUGAUGAAGCGAGAUCCAUUGGUCUGUCUGGUCUCCGGUGCUUACAAUCGUAUGCUAAGCUGGCUUUUGUAACACUCCAACAGUCCAGAUCACGAUACCCGAUGAUGCCCAAGAGCCACUAUCUACAUCACUGUUGGAGAGAGAUUAUCUUGGCGGCAAAGAGGCAUGCUUGGGUGAGAAGCCCACUGGCCACAUCAGUGCAGAUGGAUGAAGAUUUUGUAGGACACAUGUCCCGGAUGAGCAGAAGAGUAGGAAAUCAGCAGUUAAUGCUGAGGACUCUUCAGAGAUACUUGGUGGCCGUGAACAGGGCUCUCAGCUGA